AUGAAGCCUUUAAUUGAGUUUGAGGAAUGCUUACGAGAUACUCCCAAGUUUCGAUUAUGCAUCGAAGAGGUGGAAAAGAAUGUGGAUCUGCUGGAACAAAAGUUGGACAAGGUAUUAAAAAAUUGCAGUCUGACUAUCGAUACUGGAAAAGCCUUUGUUGGACAGCAAAACCAAUUUGCCAAUAGCCUGUGGGAAUUAUCUUUGUACUUCAGCGAUGAUCCAGAAAUAAUGGCAUUCUUAAAUAAGCUUAUACAUGCUUUACAAGAGAUGAACAAGUAUCAUACUAUUUUAUUAGAUCAAGCUUCUAGAACUGUGAUGAAGGAUCUUAAUAAUUUUAUUAAAAGCGAUAUCAAGAGAGCAAAAGAGACUCGGCAUUACUUUGAAAGAAUUUCCAGUGAUCUUGAUAUUACAUUGAAUAGGAAUUCUCAAAUACCGAAAUCUCGGCCUAUGGAAUACGAAGAAGCAUCAAACAUCCUGUCGGCUACCCGAUCGUGUUUUCGACACACCGCUUUAGAUUAUAUUCACGCAUUGACGAUGCUGCAAGCGCACAAGCGGCACGAGAUAUUAGGCACAUUAUUAAGCUACAUGCAUGCAUGUAUUACUUAUUAUCAUCAAGGUAGCGAUCUUGCUCAAGAUUUAGAUCCUUUCCUCAAAGAUCUCGAUGAAAAUUUAGUUAAAAUGAGAGGUGAUUCGAAUAAACUCGAAAAAGAAAUGGAAAAUCGUCAUAUUUAUGUUAACAAUCGAGAUUUGAUUCCCUCUCGGGUACCGGGCAAUUCCAAGAUGGAAGGCUAUUUAUUUAAAAGGACUAGCAAUGCUUUUAAAACUUGGAACAGAAGAUGGUUCUGUUUGAAGGAUCAUCAAUUGGUAUACCGAAAGAGAACAGGUGACGAAGGCUACACAAUUAUGGAAGAAGAUUUGCGAUUAUGCACUGUCAAACCUGUAGUUGAUUGCGAUAGAAGAAAUUGUUUUGAAGUUUUAAGUCCGACAAAGAGUCAUAUGUUGCAAGCAGACAGCGAAGAAUCGUAUUUGGCGUGGGUAACUGCAUUGCAGCAAGCUAUUGGUGCUGCUAUUCAGAGAGGCAUGAGUGUAGUUGCUAAUAUUAAUUCACUUGAAUUACAAUCACGUGAUAGUCCAGCGAGACCAUUGACUAGACUAAAAUCAAGAGUGUGGGAACAGUUAUUAAAGAUCUCGGGUAACGGGGUUUGCUGCGAUUGCGGCGAUGUUAACCCACGAUGGGCUAGCAUCAAUCUAGGCAUUACACUUUGCAUAGAAUGUUCUGGUGUACAUAGAAGUCUUGGGGUACAUUAUAGUAAAGUUCGAUCCUUAACAUUGGAUGAUUGGGAACCAGAAAUACUUAAAGUGAUGGCAGAAUUGGGCAAUUCUGUAGUAAAUAGCAUAUACGAAGCUCUACCUGUAUCUUCCGACAUUACUAAAGCUACACCAAAAUGCAAUGGUAACGUUCGAGAAGCUUGGAUAAAAUUCAAAUAUGUAGAUCGUAAAUUUGUAAAACCUCUGACUGAUGUAAUACCACCUGGGCAUCAUGCUAGUCGCGAGCAAAUGCGAUUUCGAAAAUGGAGUGUGCGUAAACUGCGUCGUAGACCACGCAGUUGCGAUAAGAUUGAUAAUAGUAAUGCCAGUAAAAUGUUGACGUUAUUACCUGUCAAAGAAAAUUAUCCUUCAACAAGUUCGGACGAAAGCAAACACACGUCAAUCGAUAGUUUGAAUUCCGUUGGCAAAGCAAAGAAAAUGGAACGAAAUUCCGUAAGCUCGGAUGAUAGUGCUAGUAUGGAUUUGAAAAACAAUUCUACUCUUUACGGAAAGAUCUUAAAUCGUUCACAGAACGAUUUGAAUGAAGCUAAUAAAUGUGUUAAGAGUACAAGUGCAAUUCGUGGAGAAGUUACGAGUGUCGGGCUGCUUGCAAAAGAGCUUAGUUCGACGGAAAGCGAACUGAAAAUGAAUACAUUGAACACAGUGAAUAUUGAUACGUUGUUUGCAGUCGUCGAGUCGGACGACAGUCUCAAUAAACAUACCAAUAAUAAAGUCAAGGACGAUAAUAAAGAUGUUUCAGGAAAUAAAGAUCUUAGAUUAGAGAAGCAAUAUAACGAAAAAAUACAAUCAGCUGUCUUAAUGUUUGGUUGCGAUGUACCAAAACCUGCUAUCGAUAACAAUUUAGAACUAAGUUCUGAUCAAGAUUCAACGGCUGGCGAGGAUGAAGAAUUUACCGAUGAAGAAGAUAUAGAAAAUCUACAUCCUGAGAUGUUGCUUUACAAAGCUGCAGCGGCGCAUAAUUUACCAGUAAUGUGUGCAGCAUUAGCAGCCGGUGCUGACAAGUUAUGGUCCAAUGUUAAUGAUAAAAGUCGCACUGCUCUACAUCAAGCGAUAAUAAGUGGUUCCGUUAUGUCAUGUGAGUAUCUCCUUUUAAAUGGUGCACGAAUCAAUUGUCAGGACGCCGAGGGAAAAACGCCGUUGCAUUUAGCAACAGAAUUAGGACAUACUGCCCAAGUAUGCCUACUUCUUAAACAUCGUGCUGAUCAACAUAUUGAAGAUGAAAGUGGAAUUAAACCUUUGUCAAUUGCUGUAAAAGAAGCAAACGCUGAUAUUGUUACUUUAUUACGACUUGGUCUCCUAAAUGAAGAAAUGAAAGAUUCUGAAAUAGGCGUCACCGGUGAUGAAACAUUCAAUGACGUCGUUCGUGACUUCAGUCAGUUGGCUUGCUCACAUCCCGAGCGAUUGCAACGUCGAAAUGAAACCACGAAUUUAUCACAUAUGUCUGAAUAAGAUUCACAAAUUUUUACAUAAAUGUAUAGAUAAAUCAUAUUUUAUACAUCAUGAAUUAUAAAUACAAAAGCGCCCGCGUUGCCUUUCAAAUUGUUGCAAAGUAUCGGUCGCAUUAAUGUAAGUAAAAGUUAGCGUUUUAAACACGAAAAAUUAUCAAGUAUCAAUUGUUUCUAUUUGUUUUAAAAACUAAACUAUGUAAUAUCCAAAGUAGAGUCCACUUACAUUCUUGCCAUGUAUAUCAUCAUUGUACAAUUGGUCACCUUUUAUUAAUGAUUUAU